CACCGAUCGCUCUUCCACCCCCACCUCCUCUCUCACUUCCCAACGAGCCAGCAUGAGGAUUCUGCGGAGAGCCACGGCCUUGCGGCUCCAGAGCCUCAUCGAGGCCAUCGUCCUGGGCAUGGUCUCUGGCGGCGGACCCGUCUUCGUGGUGGUCGCCAUCGGGCUGGUGUCGUGUUGUGCAUAUGUCUACUUCAACGUCUUCAUUCCCAAGACCUUCCCCGCCGACUCCCUGACGACGUGGGGCGCGAUCGCAAAGUACACGCAUCUCCUCUUCACGGUCUAUCUCCUGGUGCUGAUCGCCUUCCAAUACGGAAUGGCCGUGCUCGUUGGUCCAGGCAAGACCGACAAGGAUACGGAAUCGGGUCACUCGGAUGUCCCGCACGACUCUCUUGCGCACUCGGAACACACCCACGAUACGUCAGUUGGGAUCUCCGAGCCUCACGAGAGCCACCGAAAAGUGUGCAAAAAAUGUCUCAUCCCAAAACCUGAGCGGGCGCACCACUGUCGAGUUUGCAAACGAUGUGUCUUGCGUAUGGACCACCACUGCCCUUGGAUCAGCAACUGCGUGGGAUACCACAACCACCGCUAUUUCUACCUGUUUCUGGUCUACUUGACAAUCGCGUGCGUCUACUUUGUGAUUUGCAUGGCGCCGAUCAUGCUGAGAUACUACUGGUACCAUCAGGAGGUCGACUGGGGAUCUGGUGGCAUGAAGCACCUGGCCGCAUUUGGCUUCCUGCUGGCCUUUGCACUCAUCUUUGGCGUUGGAUCGCUGAUGUCGUGGCACACCUACCUGGUCUUGACUGGACAAACUACCAUCGAGUACUAUGACAACCAAAGCAAGCGCAAGCUGGCCCGUCUUCGCGGCGAUGUGUAUAUCAACGAGUUUGACCUCGGAACAAUCAGAAACGCACGCAUCUUUUUCGGAAUCGGGAAGAAAUUCCCGUGGUACACCAUUCUGCUGCCGAUUGCGGUUCCGCCUCUGGGCGAUGGACGCACCUAUCUGACCAGUCACGCAUUCCUGUCGAGCCAGGAGCGCCGGCCUCGCUGGGUUGACGACGGACUGGAGCUUGUAUAGCCUCUUGGCCAAUAGACUCACCUGGCACGGA